ACCACACGUAACAUGGCUUCUGCUGCAAAGUUCCCUUCGAACAAUAGUCCCUAUAGUGACCUUCCACCCAUUGUAUCACAGCUUCUUGAGGCCAAAGCCAGGAAAGGCCUAACCUUUGAAGAGAUAGGGAAAGCAGUCGGCAAAGACGAAGUAUGGAUUGCCGCGUUAUUCUAUGGGCAGGCUAAGGGGUCACCGGAGCAGCUGGCUUCUAUUGCCCAGGUUUUAGAGAUCUCAGAGGUAAACUUGAAGGCCGAGCUCGGAGCACAUUGGUUCCCUAAUCGUGGAAUCGGACCUAUCCCUCCAACGGAUCCGGUCUUAUAUCGUUUAUUCGAGGGUGUAUUAGUCUACGGACAUGCCCUCAAGGCUGUCAUUCACGAGAAAUUCGGUGAUGGUAUUAUGAGCAUGAUCGACUGCAAAGUUCAUGUCGAGAAGAAGCCCGACCCCAAGGGAGACCGUGUGGUCUUGACGUUUGAUGGAAAGUUCUUACCUUAUGCUACAUGGUGAUUCUGUGCCCUUUGAAUGAAACCCCCUAGUCAACGUUCCCGUGUAUGAGACACCUCGGCCAAUGAAAGAGUUCUUCACAUACAAAC